AUGUCUAUCAAAAAACCAAUGGACAUGGAGAGGGUAAGAAGAAAUGCAGAGGCUCUGGUGGUGAAGGCGAUGAAAGGGAACGAUGCUUCCCAUGACGCAGCUCAUGUUUGGAGAGUUCGCGACCUUGCUCUCUCCCUUGCCAAUGAGGAAGGCAUCUCUUCCGAUCCUAACUCCAUACAAAUCGUUGAGCUUGCUGCACUGCUCCACGACAUAGCUGACUACAAAUACCUUAGGGACCCAUCUGAAGAAAAGAUUGUUGAGAGUUUUCUUGAACAAGAGGGAGUCGAGGAGGACAAGAAAUUAAAAAUUUUGAAGAUCAUCAGAGGAAUGGGUUUCAAGGAAGAGGUGACUGGAAAUGGAAGCAGUGAUUGGUUUCCAGAAUUUGGAGUUGUACAAGAUGCUGAUCGACUUGAUGCCAUUGGUGCUAUAGGAAUUGCACGUUGCUUCACCUUCGGUGGGAGUAGGAACAGGUUGCUGCAUGAUCCUGCCAUUCUGCCACGAUCUGAUUUGUCCAAGGAGCAAUACAUGAACAAAGAGGAACAGACUACUAUUAAUCAUUUUCAUGAGAAGCUUCUCAAGCUCAAAGAUAUGAUGAAAACCAAGGCUGGGAAAAGGAGGGCUGAAAGAAGGCAUAAGUUCAUGGAGGAGUUUGUGAAAGAGUUCUAUGACGAAUGGAAUGGCUUAAGCUGA